AUGUUAAAUUUGUUUUAUGUAAGUGAGGAAGUAUAUUCUUAUGAAAAUGAGGAUAUAAUAAAAAAAGCAUUAGAGUUUGAUAGAAUAGGAGAAGUAUAAUUAGAUUUAGAAAAUAAAUCAAUAAGUUAUAAAAUUAAUCGUAGAAAAUGUAUUAGAUUAUCAGAUUUAAUAUUUUGGAUUGUAAUACAUUUUCAUUUAUAUUUAUAUAGGAAUCCGAUUUUAUUCGUAUUCAUUUAGGAUAAUUGCUUUAUUUAUUUGUUCAAUUAUUAAAUUAAGUAUAACUAAUUGAAUCUUAAGGAAUUGAACAUAAUUAUCUUGAUUUAAAUAGAAUUUGGCUUCAUUUAACAGAAAAUAGUUAGUAUCCUGCUCUUAUUUAUCAAAUAUUAAUAUAUUCAAUCCAUUUUACAGGAUAUUAAUGUCCAAUUUAUGAGAAAUCUAAAUUUUUACAAAAAGCAUCUAGUAAAAUGAAAGAAAUUAUAUAAAUUAUCAUCAAUCGUUGUUUUAAUAGAAUUCAUUUAAAAUGGACUAAUAAUGAUAAAAGGAAUUAAAUAUAUAAUGAAAUAAUGAUACCAAUAAUUAAUUUAUGUAAAUCAUAAAAUUCAAAUAAUUAUGAUAUCAUAAGAUGCAUUUCAGAUUUAAUGAAGAAAUAUAAUUAUAAAGAAGAAUUAUAGAAUAAAUUAAUUUAAUGUUUAGAUAUUGAUGAUAAUUGUAAUGAUUAUAUAAACUCUNAUUGA